GUUCUCUCUCGUGUAGCGAUCAGAGGAGUAAUGCCCACCCUAACUUCUUGCAGCGAUUUGGACACCGCUGUGCUUUUGCGGUCUGCUGCCUAAGAACAGGCUUAACCUCGAUAAUGGGGGGGGGAAGGGAGCAGAAGGGGUGGGCACCAAUCGUAGGCUGGGGGUUGUUCGUCUACAUCGACCAUCAAAAACGCGUCUACCCCAUUCGUCGGGGCAUCAUUACAUCGCGGUCCGUCAUCGCGUUCAUCAACGUAGCUGCAGUGCGUCGUCGGUCGGUUCAAUCGUGAACGGGUUCGAUUAUUUAUCCUACGCGCGCUGCUGGAUGAUGUAAUUCGUUCGAAAUAAACAUUUGCACCACUCGAGAACACAAUACGCAGUACGCGAUCGCAAGCUGGAAACGGUUUUUAAAAAUAAUAAUUCGAAACGCGCACAUCAGCUGUGGGAGAGUUCUUCAAGUUCAAGUUCUUCAUUGGUGGCCAUUUUUCCCCGGACUCUGCGAUGGGACUCAAGUCGAAACUGUUUAAGGCGAGUUUGGUGUUGAUGCUGAUAGCGAUUCUGCCGGGACUGCCACCGAAGACGGUGUUCCCGUUUAAGCCGAUCAGCAUCGCACCGGUCCGACCACUUACCGGAGUGUUGGCCCCGAACCAGUUGCUCAACGGAGCCGAACGCUUGCACGAGGGUGGCCUACAGCAACCGGAAGGGGUAGCUGUGCGUGGCAAUGUAACGUACGUUACGGUUUACGGUGGCAAAAUUCUAGAGCUUGGUGAUCAGGGUUCGGUGCGAACGGUGGCUAAGCUGGGCCCGGAGUGUGUGGGCACAUACUCGGAGCGUAUCUGUGGACGACCGCUGGGGAUAGAUUUCGACACCAAGGGAAACAAUCUCAUAGUGGCCGAUCCGUACCUCGGCAUCUGGCAGGUGCACAUUAAGACGGGCGAGAAGAAGCUGCUCGUCUCGAAAGACAACGCCAUCAUCGAGGAUGGUCCUACCACCCCUACCACCGCUACCAAGCAAUCGUCGAUUACCGCACGCCAACCGAACAUCCCGAACGCGGUGGCAGUGGCACGCAACGGUGACUUUUACUGGUCCGACACGGCAUCCGACUUCCUCUUCGAGGACGCCAUCCAAGCGGUGCUGUGCAAUCCCUCGGGCCGUCUGCUGCACUACUCCCGUGCCGAUGGCAAGAGCCGCGUACUGAUCGAUGAAGUGUACGGUGCCAACGGUGUCGUGCUAAGUCCGGACGAAAGCUUCGUGCUGGUCGGGGAGCUCGGUGGACAGCUGCUCCGCCGGUACUAUCUGAAGGGUCCGAAGGCCGGCACGCACGACGUGCUUAUCGAUGGACUGCCCGGUGCGGUAGACAAUCUGAACGGUGAUGCGACCGGAUUUUGGGUUGGGUUAGUUAUCGCGGCCGACCAAAGCAAUCCUUCCUUCAUCGCAAUGCUGGCACCGUUCCCGAACCUGCGCCGUCUGUUGGUGCGACUGUUCGUGCUGGUAGAGGCACCGUUCCGCCUGUGGUACGACACCACCGGCAGUGACUUUGCACUCUGGGUAACGCAUCACAUUGGCCAUCUGGGAGGAUUGGUCCCGCUGUUCCCGGAUCGUGGCACGGUACUGCGCAUGGAUUGGGAAGGUAAUAUCGUGUUCGCACUGCACAACGACGACACGUCCAGUCACGUCAUCUCGCAGGCGGUUCCGGUAGGGCAGGAACAUCUGCUACUGGGAUCCCCCGUCAAUCAGUGGCUGGGACGCGUGAAGCUAACGCCAGAAACGCUAGCCACCCUCAGGGGACAAAAGGCAACCACGGGUACGCAGCCGAAAAAGGCCGCCACUGAACCGCCAAGGGAGGAACUGUAGAAGCUGCUGGACCUGCUGGGUUCAGCCCGGAGUGAAUAAAACACGAACCAAGUACAAUUUACAUUUAUUUAAGUUUUCGUUUUCCUUUAGUUUAUAAAUAUCAGUUUGUUGUUGUUGUUGUGUUGGGGGGAGUGGCCGGGUGCGCUGCUGACACCGAUACGUCGGUCGGCCUGCCUUCCAUGAUUAUACUUUUCCUCUUUCUCUCUCAUGUUCGAUCUGCUCCUUCCGCAUCUUUUUUAUUUUAAUUUUAAACGGUUUUUUAUUCCAUUCUUCGUUUCUUUACUGUUUCUUCUUAUGUUUUUUUCUUCUUCUUCUUCUUUAAAUAUUCAGACACACAAAUAAACACAAUGCAAUCAAUCACCCCCCCUGCUUUUCUUACCACUCCAUUAUCAAUGAUGAUCCAUUUAGGGCUUUUGCUCACUUUAUCCUAUAUUAUGCUCGUAUCCUCUUACUAAUUUCAUUUUGUCCUUCCUUCCUUCUUCUCUUUCAUCAGUUUAGAGUUGUAGGUUUGUUUCUUGUAUUCUAAUUAUCAAGUCUUCCGUUUCCGACCAUCGUUCCUAUCGUCCGAGAGGCUUUCGAGAGUGUUAAAAGGAGUUUCAUGUUUUUUAGUAAUAAUUCUCUCUCGCUCUCUCUCUCUCAAGCUCCCUUCGCUUUUCCACGUUUUUUUUUAUCCUGUUGGCUUUCGACGAGGUUUACGACCCCUAAUGAGAAGCGAAAACCAGUGGAAAUUUUCAAUAUGUUAGCUAAAGUCGCUUCUCUCUUCACUUUCACACUUCUUGUGCCUUGUCUUCAAUUGUUUAGUCGAUUAUGAGAUUUUCGCCCGUUGCAACACACACACACACUUUCCUUUUGCCUUUAUGAUUAGUAGUUUUACGUUUUGUGUAAUUAUUAUCUUAUGUACCUUUCUGCUUCUUGCUUUCUUUCCGUUCCACUAAUGCAUUAGUACAGAAAUUGUAAACCUAGUUGAAAUUCCUCUUUCCCUUUUUGGUUUUAGUUGUAUUUUACUUUUGCUUCCAAUUGCGUGCUUCCAAAGUGCUAGCAGUGUUUUCGACGUGAGUUUGCUUUGGGGUAUUUGUGCUUAUUAUGUUGGCCGUUACCGUGCUCCGUUGCUCGUUUAAACGUACACGUGUUUUAGAGUUUUUAAAACCGCCAAAAGUAGUAGUAGUGGUAGUAGUAGUAGUAGUCUGCGAUAGGUUGACACUGCUUCGCCAACACGAACAAUUCGAUAUUACUUGUGUUUACCUGUGUCAACUUGUUGUGCGCUUUUGCCAAACUGUUUCGGUUUCUCCCGGUGCAGCAGCAAUUCCUAGCUUGCGUUUACUUUUGAUACUGAUGCAAUAGUAGAUAAUGAACGAUUUCCAAGUGGAGUUUGCUGGUGGUGGUGAAUUAUGCUGCCAUAACCAACCAUAACGCUUUACUUAACGCGCAGCUAAUCCAAGGGGAGCGAGGAUCGUUCGUGCUCAGCUCAGCACAGCACAUGCACAUUUACAAUAGAGAUAGCAGGAAGAGAGAAUGUCUGUAAGUGUCCGUGUGUGUGUGUUUUGAGUGGACUUGGAAUUGUAAUACUUUUAGUUUAGGCAUGCUUUUGCCAAAAUGUACGCUACUAACACACUCACACACACACAAAACUGCCGAUCCGUAUCCGUAUUGGUAUGGGUCAAGGAUCGUUCGUUACUCGCCUUAAUCCUCCGCUCACCAAGGUAUCUCUAUUUACAGUCCUACAACACGAGACAUUGCACAAAAAUUAGUACCAAUAGUUUUGUAGUCAGUCAAGCGUUGAAGAAGUAGAAAAAGGGUAUCUCCACCACUUGUCUUGUUUUUCACGUUUGGGGGGGGAAAUUAUAAAUACGGCUCAAUCUAUAUUCCGCUUUCGCUUUAAUUUUCUAUGUCACAUUUGACGCCGGUGUGAUGCCCUAUUUCUAAUGUAUUUGCAUGCAGUUGCUUUCUUUCUAUACGUUUCUAUGCCGUUUUUCCCCACUGGUGUUUUUAGGUAGUUUAUGUAAGAUUAGAGCGACUCACCGAGCUUUGAACCUCAAAAGAUGCCCCACCUAUUCUUAUUCUUUUUGGCAAAUAGAGCUCCCAAAAAAAGAAAAUCAUGAUGAACAUAACUGUAUGUUCCUCACUGUUGCUUCGUGUUUUCUAUACAUAUCUCUUUUUAAUUUUUAUCCUCGAUCAAUUCGAUUUCGUUUAACAAAAAAAAAUUCCAGCAUGCGGGGCGCGAUAUAUGUUCGUUCUAUCUCUAAAUGUUUUAAAUCGACCGAUCUGUCCGAUUAUGGAAAUUGCUUAUCUUGUGUCUUAUAUGCUAAUUGCUGCUUAUUCGCGCUUCGAACUGACGAUUGAGAUUACAUCCGGUUAAUGCUGUUGCCUGUACGAUACAAAAAGGGCAAAAAAGGGUAUACGGUAAUACUGUGCUCGCCCGCCAGCGACCGGUCGCUGUUGCUGCUGCUGCUGCUGCUGGCCUGCUGGAGUGUACGGUUGGUUAAAAUUUCUUUCACUUAUCCUUCUCUCUUAUCGUCCGUACAACAGACAGGGGUACAACAAUGGGAGACACCUAUCUGUAACAUAAACAAACACAAAAUUCCUACUUGCGCUGCUCCUGAACGAUAAAAUAGGAAUA